AUGAACUCCUCAGCACCUGCCGCAGCAGCAGCGGCGCCCGCGGCCGGUGGCGGCGGGGGUGGCGGUGGCAUCACCUUGGCAGAUGUGGCCAAGCACAAUACCAAGACAGACUGCUGGGUGGUGGUCGAUGGUCAGGUGCUUGAUGUCACUAGCUUCUUGUCGGAGCACCCGGGUGGCGAGUUGGCCAUCCUCACCUUUGCCGGAAAGGAUGCCACAGAAGAGUUCAACAUGAUCCACCCGCCAGAUGUGAUCGGCAAGUACGCGCCCGAUUCUGUGGUGGGCAUGAUCGGUGCCGGCGGAGGCGGCGGCGGCGGUGCCGUGGCAGCCGCUGGAGGUGGCGGCGGCGGUGGGGGCGGCAUCACCCUGGCAGAAGUCGCCAAGCACAACAGCAAGACCGAUUGCUGGGUGGUCGUGGAUGGUCAGGUGUUGGAUGUGACGUCCUUCCUCUCGGAGCACCCUGGCGGCGAGCUUGCCAUCCUCACUUUUGCAGGCAAGGAUGCCACAGAGGAGUUCAACAUGAUCCACCCGCCUGAUGUGAUCGGCAAGUAUGCGCCCGACUCUGUCAUCGGCAAGGUGGGCUCAGGUGCGCCUGCUGCGGAGCCCGCAAGCGGCGGCGGCGGCCUAGCGGCGCCUCUCCUGGCGAAGGAGGGAAAGAACUGGUCCAAGUCCGAGAAGAACCGUGAGCUGCGCAUGAAGGGCGAAGGCAAGAUUCCCGGCUGGAUCGGAGCCAUUUGCUACAUGGUGCUUGGCUUCAUGAAGGAGAUCCUCUUCACCAUCGUUCCCCAGAACAACGUGAUCAUCACCGGUGACCGCGUGGGUCUCACCCGUUCGGCCAUGUUCCUCUUCAUCUUCAUCAUCAUCCACGCCGUGGGCAACCUCCAUGUGUUCCUAGGCCCUGAUGACUUCAACGGCUACGGCUACUUCUACGUGCGACUGUAUUGGACGGGGUUCGGCUUCCAGGCAAACAUCGUCGAGGAGUACAUCUUGCUCGCAGCCCUGCUCCACGUCUUCGUAGCCUUGAGGAGGACCUGGGAUGUCAGCAUGAGCUACUCAAUCGCCUCGGGAAAGAUGAACUUGGCGAUGUCCGGCAUCACUCUGCUCACGUUCAUGAUGAUCCACUUGUACCAGUUCCGCUUCGGCGACACGCAGCCAUGGAAGCUGUGCCCACCUCCCUACCUCCUGAACCUGAAGACGCUGCUCCACCUCAGGCUGAACCUCUUCUGGGUCGAUGACCCCGGCUGCCAGGCCGUGUACGUGCGCGACAUCUACCGCAUGGAGUUCGAGAUCUUCCAGUCUUUGGGCUGGGUGCUCUUCUACCUCGCGGCUGUGAUCGUCUUUAGCGUGCACAUGUGCCUGGGAUGGCAGAAGGUCGUGCCAGCCCCAGCCUUGGAGAUCCCCAAGAAAUACCACAGCAGAGCCAUCCACAUGGGCUACGUCUUCACCUUCUUCAUCGCCCUGAUCUACGCCAGCUUCCCUCUCUACACCCACCUCUUCUCCAU